AUGUACCAACAACCCGCUCCCUAUCCGGGCCCAACCCCCGAAUAUGCGCAACAACCUAACUACGCCCCUCCGCCUCAGCCUUACGGCGGGGGGGAUGUCAAGAACCCUUACGAAGGCGAUAGGUUCAAGCCCAAGAAAAAGAUCAAUGAUCCCAUUUUCCUCGUCCUUUUCGUCCUCCAACUGCUAGGAUUUGCUGCACUCUCAGGAAUUGCCCUCAACGAAUGGAUAUCGCAAGGAGGAUUGGGCGGCGGACUGGGAAAGAGUGGCGGGCAGACAGGCACUUCUGUUACUUUGAAUAGGAGCACUGUGUACCUCUUGCUCCUCAUUACCGCUGCUGCGGUGCUGCUAUCUAUCGUCUACCUCAUGCUCACACGCAUGUUCACGAAGAUGAUUAUGCACAUCACGCUUGUCCUUACCAUCUUGCUCAACAUUGGAAUAUGCAUCUACUAUUGGAUCACCAAGUACUAUUCUGGCGCCAUUAUUUUCACCAUAAUCGCCGUCCUCUCUGUCCUCUCCUACUUCGGUUUCAGAUCUAGGAUUCCGCUUGCCUCGUUACUUCUCCAGGUCGUGAUGGAUGUCUCAAAACAUCACUUGAGCGUGUAUGCCGUCGCCUUCACUGCUUUGUUCUUGCAAGCAGCUCUUUCGGUCUGGUUCACAUUCACUGUCAUUGCCACCUAUGCCAAAUGGACGCCGGGAAAUCCUUCGUGUGCAACGUCCGGCUGUUCUAGUGGGAAGGUUGCCGGCCUUCUUUUCUUUGAGACGUUCUCCUUCCUCUGGACGUCCCAGGUCAUUGGCAAUGUUUCUUUGGCGACCUUGGCUGGCGGACCCUAUGGAUCCUGGUAUUACUUUGGGCCUCGAGAACUUGGUGAAAUGCCAAAGCAUCCCACUAUGUCUGCCUUCGGACGUGCCUCUACUCUUUCUCUGGGUUCCAUCGCUUUUGGCUCCUUGAUCGUCACUAUUCUGGACCUUUUGCGGCUCAUUCUGAAUGCCGCGCAAGCCAACGCAAAUGCAGAGGGUCAUCCCGUUGAGGCUUGUCUUGCGUGCUGCGCUGCAUGCUUUGUGGGUAUCCUCCAGAGCAUGGUGGAAUAUUUCAACAGAUAUGCAUACAUUGAAAUUGCACUCUAUGGCAAGCCCUACAUUGCCGCCGCGAAGGAUACUUGGAGGAUGUUCAGAGAUCGGGGUAUCGAUGCUCUUGUGAACGACUCUCUUGUCGGAAUGACUCUCAUGUGGGGCGCAUAUGCGAUUGGCCUGAUGUCAUCUUUGUUCGCCUAUCUAUACCUGCGUUUCACGGCGCCGUCUUACAACGUGAACGGUCAAUACACCGCACCUGUGGUUCUGUUUGCGUUCUUGAUCGGCUUAGUCUGCUCCAUGACUAUGUCUUCCGCGAUUGAGGCCGGCGUAUCGACAAUUUUCGUCGGACUCGGAGAGGAUCCCCAGGUCCUUGCCAAUCGUGCGCCGGAGUUGUUCGCGCUUAUCGCAGAAACCUAUCCCGAUGUCGUCCGGGGUGUUCCAAGACACUGA